UUCCUUUUCAGCCAUUAGCUUCCUGUUUUCCUUUUUCUUUUAAUGUGUUUCUGGAAACCUCAGGCUGGGUUUCUGGGUGAAGAAGCCCAAGAGCUGUCCAGGGUGUAACUCUGUCUCCAAACGUCUUUCAGCAAUUCUUAGGGGCUUUCCACUCUCAGCCUCUCCUUCUCUCACUGCUUGGAGAGGAUGUAGCAGAGCUUCUUGAGGGGAAGGACUCGUGACUGGCAAGUGUCACCCUCUGGCUCUAGGGAAUUAAAAGAUCAAUUUUUAAUUGUGAUGGAAUUAUAAAUAUAUAAAGAACACAGUCCACACAGUCUCUGAAUGGCGUCGGAGAUCACCUACGCCGAGGUGAAGUUUAAGAAUGCACCACCACCUGCAGAGGCCAAAGCACACCCAGAGAAGAGAAUAUCCCAGAGUGCACCCCAGAAGCACACCCAGUGGCUCCCAUGGCUGAUUGCUACACUAUUGCUGCUAUUGGCUGUCUCUCUCCUCAUCGCCCUCAUUGUUACCCAAGUUGGCCUCAGGACAAAUCAAAGUUGUGAAGAGUACGAGAUGGUGAGGCAAUAUCUCAGGAACAGGAACUGUGUUGAAGAAGAACCUGAAGGGAAAGAGCAAGUCUGGACGUGCUGCCCCAGGGGCUGGGAGCUCUUUCAGGCCAGCUGCUACUACUUCUCUAAUGACAUCAUGACCUGGGAUGACAGUGAGAGGAACUGCACAGGGAUGGGCUCCCACCUGGGGGUGAUCAACACAGGAGCUGAGCAGGAUUUCAUCUUCACUCGGGUAAAUGGAACAGUUACAGGCAGCGAAGGAAGGAAUUACUGUAUUGGUCUGAUUGAUAAGGAGAAGAAAGGACAGUGGUGCUGGGUGGAUGAGACUCCAUAUAACAAUACUGCAACGUUCUGGAGACCUGAGGAACCCAGUCCUCACAACAAUGAGAACUGUGUUGUCAUGCAUGUGCCGGGAGAACAAAAUACACAUGGUAACAGGAAUUGGAAUAACGUUCCUUGUUCCAGUGCAUGUCAUCGAAUUUGUGAGACUGCAACACUUAGAUUUUGAGGAAGAACCCCCAUCCUGGACGUGAGGCUGGAGAGUCAGUGCAUCUCUCACUUGGGUCAGCUCACAGAGAGAUCUGGUGGGAGGGUUUGGAUCAGCCCUGGGCUAUCAUGAGAUUGGGUGUAGGCAGUGCAGGAUGAUAUUGGGGCUCAAACUCAUUCACUAGAUCAAUUUUGGAAAACUCUGAAAACAGCUGAAAAUAUCUAAUGUGGAACAAGCCAAAGUGCAGUGAGCCCUGCCUGUGAUGUCAUUGAAGCUCCCAGGAGACUGGUGGAAGAGGCUAGCUGGGAAAGGCAGGACCAGUGAGUUUUCCCUGGGAAAUCUUGAAAGGAGGUUUCCUGUUCAUAUUAGCCUUCCCAUUGUUGGGCAGGGUAACAACUUACAUUGUGUAUAUACUGCAGCAGGGCUGUAAAAACCAGGAAUAAGGCCCUGUCCAUACUGAAAAAUUACUAGGUCAGACCUGUUUCCCAUUGACUCUGCUACAACUCAGUUCCACCUUGUAAAAGAAAUGGGACUUUGUCCAUGUCCCUGAGCAAUGCUUAAAGCCUUAAAUGGUCCAAUGCUUUAGCAUCACUCAGGGACAGAGGCUUGUCUAUGCAUGGAACUGGACUGAUUGAAUUACAGUGCAUGGGUUUACAAACCCGUUUAGUUACAUUGGUGCAACUCCCUUAUGUGGAGACUUUUAUUGUGGUUUAGAACUGAUGCAUUAUACCAGGUCAGUGAGAAAUCACCUAACCUAAAUUAAUAGAGGGCUCUUUCAUACAGAAAUAAGAGUGUCAGCAUGGACGGGGUGGCACCAAUUUAACUCCAUCAGCGUCUAAACUUAUUUAGUUAAAUUGGUGCAGUUUUCUCAUGGCGACAAGCCCACAGUUAAAAUCAACAACAUCGAGCCCUGCUGAUACCGUGUUGGGAGACGUACCUGUUUUAUCUGGGCCCUCUAAUCUGGCUUUACCUGCAGUGUAAACAAGGCCUAAGCAGUACAGUGAAUAGCUAUUAUUCCUAAUAAUUACUGUCUGUGAUAAAUAUUCAUAUGAGCCAUGUGAGCAGAAGAGCCGGAAAACCACUGUAAAACCACAAACUGUAGAAUUAUGGCCACUGAUUCUUGUCAACUGUUUAAACAUAUUCUUAUUGGAACAAAACAAAUCAACCAUUGUGUUAGAGCCUUAAAUACCCUGCUGUGCUGAGGUGCAGAAAGAGGGCAGAAUGUCAACGGACACCCUGAUCCUAAGACUGUACCUCCUAGGCCUUGAACAGAUCUUCUAGUUCUCAUCUCACCUGGGAGCCAGGGCAGAGUUGGUUCCUGCAGCACAUUCUCCACUCCCUUAUCUCAUUCUGCUUUGAAUGACUUGAGCAAUGUGGUUUCCACCACUUUCUUUGAAGAGGUCUCAGUCCUGUUAAUGAACUUAGAGGUCAAAUGUCUGAUGCUGUGUAGAUGGUUCUCUCCUGGGGGGUCCUAUCUUUUUUUCUCUGAAUACUAUAAAGUUGCCUUUCAUACAUGGUCAC